AUGAAUAAAUUAAAUAUAAAAAAAUUUGAGGAUCCCAAUAUAUGGUUAUACGAAAAUGUUUUAAAUAGUAGUAGUAAAACAAAAACGGGAAAAAUAUUUAAUAAUGAAUUUAAAAGAAAAGCAGCAGAAAAAUUAAAAGGAAUUUUAAAAGAUUGUAUAAAAUAUGAUAAAGAAUUAAAAGAGUUAAAUAAAAGCAAAAAAAUUUCUUUAAAUAAUAUACACCCUAGUAAAAAAUUAGAUAUAAAUUCUUUAGCUUUAAAUCCAUUUAACGAAAUAAAUGAAAAAAUAAAUUUGAAAUAUUUUUUUAAUGGGAACAAUAAAAAUUAUAUUAAUAAUAAUUUGCAAAAAAAUAAUGUAAAAGAUAAUAAAAGAUCUUUAGAGGAAAUAAAAAAAAAUGAUAUUUUAAAGCAGUUAAAAGAAAUUAAAAAAGAAGAAUUUUCAAAAAAUUAUUCUUUUUUUGUUACUAACGUAAAUUACUAUGAUACCCAUUUAAAAGAAAAAUAUAUGAAUAAAUUUUUACAAAAUUAUAAUAAAAAAGAAAGCAAUUUAGAAAAUAUUGGCCACUUAGAUAAAAAUAAUUUUUAUAUGAACUUGAACAAAGCAGAUGAACAAAGUUCAAUUGUAAAAAAUGGUAACAUAAAGAAAAAUUAUAAUAGUACUAAUAAAAAACACGAUGAUUUUUUGUAUAAUUUUAAUGCUUAUGAUAUAAGUAGUAAGAAAAAUAAUAUAAAAUCAUAUAAUUCUACUGAUUAUAAAAAUAUAAAUGAAUUGAAUCAUACUAUUGGUGAUACUUAUUUUGAUUUAAAAAUUAAUAAAGAUGAUAUAUUUAAAAAUAAUAUAUAUGAUAAUUUGAGUGAAAAAUAUAGUGAACAUUCUUAUAGCAUUUCUAAGUGUGAUGCUGAUAAUUUAAAUCAGAAAAAAUAUAUAAAUUCUGAAGAACAUGGUACUAAAGAAAUGAAGUUUGUCAAAUCUAAUAAUAAUAUAAAAAGUAUAAAAAUAGAUAUGAAUUUAACCAAUACAAAUUCUUUUUUUAAAGAAGAUAAAGUUGAAGAAAAUAAAAAUAAUGUAGAAGAUUUGACUAAAAAAACGGUUAAUAAUACUAUAAAUGGUGUUUUCAUCAAUUUUAAGGAAAAAUAUAUUGAUUCAAAUAAAAACAAUUUAGAAGAUUUAAAUAAAGAACUUAAUAAUAAUAUUAUCAGCAAUAUUAGUAAUAAUUUUAGGGGAAUGAUCGUUAAAGAAAAUAAAAAUGAUUCAGAAUAUUUAAGUAGAAAUUAUCUUGGUAAUAAUAUUAAUGAUAAUUUUAAAGAAAUGAAAAUUCAAAAAAUUGAAAGCACUGUAGAUGAUAAAGAAAAUACAAUAUAUGAUAAAAAAAAAGAAAAUAAAAAUAUAGAAAAAGAUGUGAAAAAGAAAAAAAGUGGUUAUAAUAAUGAUCUUAAAAUUUUUGAAAAAAUAAAUAAUACAUCUUUAUAUAGAAAUAUGGAUAAUAUUUCAGAAAUUGAUAAUGAAAAUUCCUCUAUUUCUUCUAUAUUGUUUGGUUUAAAAGAAAGAAAAAAAAAAAUAGAAAAUAUUGAAAAUAUAGCAUUUUCCAAUAAAACCAGUAAUGAAAGUUAUAUUGUUGAAAAUAAGGAAUGUGAGAAUAUCACUAAUAUAACUGGGAAAGAAAAGAAUGAAGAAUACAAUAUAAAUAAAAAAAAAAAUAUAUUAAAUAAAGAUGAAAAAAAUGAAAUAUAUAAUUUUAAUAGUUAUUCGAUAAAAAAAAAUAAUAAUUCUAUAAGACAGUACGAAUAUUUAGAUAGUAAUAAUAUUACAGUUAAUUCAUUAAGCCAUCACUUAAAUAUAGAAAAAGAAAAAAUAAUUAAUGUAUGUAAAUACAUUUUGGACAAUGAUUAUGUCAAUAAAUAUACAAGAUUAGAAAAAGAAGUAGUUGAAUUAAUAUGCGAAGAGUUAAAUGUAUUAGAUAAAUUAAAAUACAGUAGUAUAAAUUUAAAAAAAAGAAAUCCUAUUGUAACUAUUUUAGGGCAUGUAGAUCAUGGAAAAACUACCUUAUUGGAUCAAUUUAGAAAUUCUAAUAUAGCUAAGAAUGAAAUAGGAGGAAUUACACAAAAAUUAGGUGCUUUUGAAGUAUUAGAUAAAAAAACUAAUAGGAAAAUUACAUUUCUAGAUACUCCAGGCCAUUCUGUUUUUAAAAAAAUUCGACAAAGAUGUGUUCAAUGCACUGAUUUAAUUAUAUUAGUAAUUUCAAUUGAUGAUGGAAUAAUGAGUGAAACAAUAGAAUGCAUAGAAUUAGCUAAAAAAUAUAAUAUUCCUUUAAUAGUUGCAGCAAAUAAAAUUGACAAAUAUAAUUGUGAUUUAGAUAAAAUUUCAAAAUCCUUAUUAAAUUAUGAUAUUGCAACGGAACUAGAAAAUGGUGAAACUCCUUUAAUUCCAAUAUCAGCAAAAAAAAAUAUCAAUAUUGAUUUAUUGCAGAAAACAAUAUUAAAUGUUAGUGAUAAAUUAAAUUUAAUGUGCGAUUAUGGAAUAUUAUGUUCGGCUUAUUUAUUAGAAAAAAAAGUUGAUGCAGUUAAAGGAAAAACAUUAACAGUAAUAUGUAAAUCUGGAAUAUUAAAAGUAAAUUCAUACUUGUUGAUCGGCCAUUCUUAUACAAAAGUUAAAAAAAUUACCAAUUGUGAUGGAAAAGUAGUAAAAGAAGCAUAUCCUUCAGAAGUUGUUCAAAUAACAUGUUCUAUAUCAUUUACUGAUGAUAAUAUUCAAUAUGGUGAUUUAAUUUUAGAAAUGAGUAACCUCAAAAGUGCACAAAGAAUUUCAAAAUAUAAAUUGAAAAUAGCUCAGUAUAAGUUAAUCAAUAAUUAUUAUUUAGACAAUGAUAAAGAAAAGAUUUUUUUAACAGAUGAAAAAAAAAGAAAAAAUAAUAGUACCUUUGAUGAAAGUAAACAUUCUAAUAUUACAAAUGAGAAAAAUAUAAAAAAAAAUGAUUUAAAUGUAAAUGAAAAAAAAGUUCAGAAAAAAAAAAAAAACAUGUCAACAAUUAUUUCAGAUAAAACACCUCAAGUUCAUUUAAUAAUAAAAACAUGUGAUCAAGGUAGUCUUGAUGCUAUAAUAGAAGGAAUAAAUGAUUAUAACAAGAAAGAAAAGAAAAAAAAGUAUUGCUAUAUAAAUAAUUUUAUUGAUAGAAAUUAUGUCAAUAAGAAUAUUUUAAGUGAUGAAACAGCAUCAAAUGAAUUUUUAGAGAAAUGGGAACCUUUUAAAAUUAUCAAAAAAGGAAUUGGAACAUUUAAUAGCAAUGAUUUAAAAUAUUGCGAGCAUGUAAAACCUUGUUUUUUAAUUGCAUUUAAUAUUGAUAUAGAUAAUAAAAUACAACAUAUAAUUGAAAAUAAUAAUGUUAUUUUAAGAAAUCAUAACAUUAUUUAUGAGUUAUUUAAUGAUAUUGAAAACAUUUGUAAUUUUUAUUUUGAUUCAAUGUAUAUAUAUGAAACAGUUUCAAAAAUGGUUAUAACUAAAACUGGAUAUUACACAUUAAAAAAAAAUAAAGCAAAAAAAAAAGUUAUAUCAGUUGAUAUUAAGGAAGGAUCUUGUAAUAUAAAAAAUUAUUUUACAAUUUUAAGAAAUAAGAAAGUUAUACAUAAUAAAAUUACUAUUCUUUCUAUGCAAAAAAAUAAGCAGAAUACUACUGAAUUAACAAAAACAAACAAUGAGAAUGCUAUUAUUUUUAAUAUUGAUGACGAUAAUUUUGAAACUGGAGAUGAAAUUAUCGCUUAUAAAAAAGCUACUCGACCACCUCUUUUCAAUAAAAUAAAAACAUUUGAUUUAUCAUUUUAA